UAUGUAUUUUACAAUAUUAUUGAUUUGUGUAUUUGGUCAAACCGAAUCAAUUCAGCCCCGCAGCGUGAAUCUAGCAUUAGACACAAUACUAGAGUUUAACGAUAAAGAAACAGACCUGCAAAUCAUUGACAACGUCGAAAAAUUCUUGGGUAAAAUAAAAAAUGUACUCAAAGAAAAAAGUGGAAGAAGAUCGAUGGAUAAAGACUUUAAAUUCACCGAUUACCUCAUUAACUUCUUCGAAAUGAUCAACAGAUAUGAUGACGAUGAUUUGGAGGACGUCGUCACCGUCAUCGAUGAUGAAAUAAGAAAAUAUCAUUACGCUGGCUGUAAAUUUUUCGAAUUAUUACAAAAUAAUGAUAUGAGGAAAUUCGUCGGACGAAAAUUGAAUCAGAUUAAAGACAAAACCCCUGAUGAUCUGAGAUAUGAUAUAGAAACAGUCAUCGAUACUUUAAAAACGGGAGAAGAAGGUAUAAAAGAAUUUUUAGAUUACAUCAAUUCGUUAUACCCUAAAGAGUCUAGAGACAAACUCAAAAACUUCUUAAACAAUAUUGAACUUUAUAAAAGUAAGUCUAAAAGAGCUAAUUUAGAUCUAAUUAAAAUUAUCAGAGAGGGUCUAAGGAAUGCUAUAUUUGACCAUUACACUAACUUGAACGUUAACGCGCGUAAAGAUUUCAAAAUCAGACUGGAAACGUUUUGGAAAAACUUCAUGGACCCUUUUAGACAAGGGCAUAAGGUUUGGAAUAUAAGAUAUACGGAAUUUGACAAACGUGGCAGAGACAAAACUACGAAAGGUACUUCACCAGUCAAUCAUGUCUUUAAUGAGCAUACUAAUAAAGAAGAUGAUGGAAACAAUCUUCAGUUUAAUACUGUAAAGUAUUUCGAAAAUUCAAAAGUUACAACUCCUGAAGUUAUGGAAGUUAAAUUCGAUUCUAAAGAUUUAUUGAGAGUAGAAUUUCCAAAAAUAAAUAUAAAAGAUACUUCUCAAAAACCUACAAACAACAAUGAAUUAAACUUUAAUACCAUAAAAGAUCGUGACCCGCAAAUAAAUACACUCCAAAGGACGUCGUAA